GCGAAUUUGAAGGUUUCGGUCAGAGCCGAACCAGACGCUGUGGAGAUCACUGCACCUAUUUAUUUCAUUACAGGGAAGAAAAAAAGAGAGUCUGAGAAGGAUUUUAAUUAUAAGACCAAAAACAGUGUGCCGUUUCGAGAGUAUUAUUAGGAAGGAGCGGAUGAAGGGAGACACCGAGAGAAAGUAUCGGAUGAGCAGUUGAAACAGAAAGUCAAAUAGGAUAAAGACUUCUCCACGAAGACUGAAUUCAACAAACAAGAUCCAGAAACCAUGGAGCGGGAUUCCGCUUUCUGCUCAAUUCAUUUCCUCCUUCAUCUCCUCCUUCUUCUCACAUGCCGAGGCUCUUCGGCUCAGAAGGUAAAGGUGGAGCCCGAAGUGGUGUCGUAUCCGGGAGAGACGGUGGUCCUGCGCUGUCAGUUUCCUGAUCCAGGCCAGACCCAGCUCACACAGGUGUCUUGGAUACUAGAAAAGAGCAGUGGCGCUCGGACCAACAUCGCAGUAUUUCAUCCGGGUUUUGGGGUCAAUUACCCCAUGCCGUCGCCAGUGCAGGGGCGUGUCAGUUUCACGAUGGACCCCCCCUCUCUGGCAAACCCGACCAUUCAGAUCACAGACAUCGAACCGACCGAUGAGGGGAAGUACAUCUGCGAGUAUGCUGCAUACCCCACCGGAAACGAAAAGGGAGUCAGCUCGCUCGUCAUACUAGCCAAGCCUGAGAACUCGGGGACCAGCAUCACCGUGCAAGCCGGCACCUCUCCGGUGGCCGUAGCGCGCUGCCAGUCUGUAAACGGACGCCCAGCGGCGAACAUCUCCUGGUCACCUCCGAGCGCCAACCUGUCCCAACCGGUCCUCACCGCCAACUCGGACAACACUGUGACGGUGCAGAGCGAUUACUACCUGGCGCCCACGCCGGCCGAUAACGGCAGGGAGAUCAGCUGCACUGUGACGCAUCGCACACUGCCCACAUCCGAGAUCUUCCCCGUGAAACUGGAUGUCCAAUAUCCUCCUCAGGUGCAGAUUGUAGGAUAUGAUAGUAACUGGUAUAUAGGCCGGACAAAUGUGGUGCUGACCUGCCUGUAUCAGGGGAACCCCAUUCCUCCCACCGUCAACUGGAAAAUGAGCUUAGGCCGUAUGCCCGAUUCGGUGGAAGUGGCCCAGAACAAACUGACCAUACGGAAAGUGGACGACAGCGUGAACGGCACGUUUAUCUGCGAGGUGACGAACAGCCUCGGCACCGGCAAGGACCAGGUCGCUGUGUUCGUCAGGGAAGCAUCCAUGCCUUCUUCCAAUGCGGGUGUGGUAGCGGGCGCAGUCAUCGGCAGCCUCCUGGCCCUCCUGUUGGUCGGCGCCCUCGUUGCCGUCCUGGUAACCCGCAGCCGCCGACAACAGCAAGGUUACCGGGGCAACAGCAAGGGGAACUCCGCCCCCUAUGACUCGGUGGCGCGUCUCUUCGGGUCGUCGGGCAGCAAGAACGGCACGGGCAACCACGGCAACAAUAACGCGCCCAUCUACAAGGGGGACGUGGGCCUCUCAGAAAAAGCAGGGAAUAUGGGGCUGCACCAGGGGGGCGUGGCUUUGGUGGAAAACACGCCCACGGCGCAGGACAUCCUGCUGAGCAGCGAGCUUGACGAGGCUGAGCGCAGGAAGUUUGAUGACCUGGAGGACGAGGACGAGCGUUACGACCAGUUCAGCGGCAGCGGGCCGAUCCUGCAGCUCCGCCCACACGAUGAAGACCCAGGCCCCGCCUACCUGGACGACGACAUGGAGUCACAGAGAGACGGCUCGAUCAUCUCGAGGACCGCUGUCUUCGUGUAAGAGUGGAAGCAAAGGGAGAUGGCAAAGGAGAGAGAGAGAGAGAGAGAGAAGCUGAGUGGAAUAAGGAUUGAAGUGGACCUGCUCAUGAAGGAUUUUUUUUUUUUUCUUUCAGUUUGAAGAUUAUUCUUUUUAAUUCCAUAAAUAUUAUUAAACACCAGAGAGAGACUAAUGGACAUGGAUGGAUGGACGGAUGGAUUUAUUGAUGAUUGAACACUGGGAAGAAACACAAUGAUAUGUGGGGGGUCAGGGGCUGGACAGAGAGCAAAAACACAAAUAAGAGGUUUAUACAGUACUUCCUAUUUACAGCAAUGGUUGUCAUGGAGACAAUGGUGAAGAGAGAAAUGAAAGACUUUAAAUGUGCACACAUUAUUAUACAAAACAUACACACUAUCUCUUUUUUUUCUAUCUCCCUCUCACACGCACGCACGCACUGAAACACAAGGUUAUAUAUGAAUCCACACUGUGCUUUAGUGGAUGUGUGUAACCAGGGUUUGGUCAGAUUGAUUGAUUUUUUUUUAUUAUUCCAUUUUUUUUGCCUCAUAAUUCUACCACUAGACUGUGGAGCAAGUCUUUUGCUGUGAACUUUAUUCUCUCUCUCUCUCUCUCUCUCUCUCUCUCUCCCCUAAUCCCGUCAGCUAGACGUUCGGAGGUUUCUGGCCGAUCUCCCGCUUGUAAGCGUUCUGCUGCGAGCCGUGUCUCUCGCACGAUUGGCUGCACAUCAAAGCUUUCGUUUAGCCCCCGUUCUGCUCGUAGGUGCGUUAGAAGUAGGGGAGCAGCAAUUAAGGCUCUAGUCAACAAAAUGGCCGCUUUAAACAUCACAAGGGGGUUUGGAUACCCACGCUGAAGCGAGCGCAAUUAUAGCAGCCGAGUAGGUUAUUUAAAAAUUAUUAAAGCCUAAUUAGAUUGAUCGAAGCGUCAGUAUAAAUUGGUCAAUAUCCCCUAGCACAAAAAUUCUAAAUGGAAAAAUGCUCAAAAUCCUCUUCCUGAAACCCAACACAGACGUAGUGAUGAUAAGUAAACAGUAUUUGUGUGUGUGUGUGUGUGUGUGUGUGUGUGUGUGUGUGUGUGUGUGUGUGUGUGUGUGUGUGUGUGUGUGUAAGUAACAGAUUAAAUCAUUGGGCCGAUUCUUCGCACAAGCCUAAUAGAGACGGAUCGCAUGACAUAUCUGGCUAAUUGCAGUGUAUUUAUCACAGUUUUUUCUUGAAAAAUAGUUGUUGGUUUUAGCAUCGUGUAGCUGUACUGUCUGGCAUCCAACCUCGACUAAACACUUUCUCAGUCGGUUAAGAGUUCACGUCGUUGAGACCAUAUUUCCUGUUCCUGAUCACUAUUUAACUCUCUCUCUAUCUCUCUCUCUCUCGUUCUUAAUGAGUCCCAAGUGGUUCACCUUUAGCGAUUCCCUCCGAUUCAUUCAAUUCACAGCUCAAGUGCUCAUCAUUAAUCAUGGCCUGUGAGUCGUCUGGUGCUUUUGGUUUGUUUAGGAAUAUCUAAUUGACCCCUAAAUCAGCAAACGAAAGGACGAGCGAGCAAACGAACAAAGAGCGCUCAAGGAAGGCCGUUUGAUGCUCGCGCAUUCGAUCACUCCGUACCCCGCUUCACUUCCCAGCCAGAGGAUCCGACACUAAUAAACUCACACCAGUGCAAAGCCUUGACCUUCGGCCCACGCGUCCGGAGAAGAUGUAAUUAAUGGUGAAAAUAAUCAUCGCCGCUACACCCAGCUCUAAUCUCUAAUUGUACAAAGCUAAUUAAUCAACUCCAUAUUUAUAAACGCGCGAGUACUAAUUGGUCGCCAUGGCUGCACCGUUAAAUAUAUCAAUUCUCUCUCUCUCUCUCUCUCUCUCUCUCUCUCUCUCUCUCUCUCUCUCUCUCACACGCCGUGGGGUGUUUCUGUCCCUUUCUUCUAAACCCUUUUUCAUUUAUCACUUCCUUUUUUUUUUUUUUUUAUUCUCCAUCACUUGGUCUGAAGGCGGCCGCUAUUCAUAGAGAGAGGGUGGGAUGAAAUGAAUCACUAAGAGAGGGUGAUCGUGUUUGUGUUUGUGUGUGUGUGUGUGUGUGUGUGUGUGUGUGUGUGUGUGUGUGUAUAUAUACAUACAUAUAUAAAUAUAUAUUAUAUUUUUUGGUGUAAGGUGUCUGCAACAUAUGUACACAAUUUAUUUUUCUUAAACGAAGUGAUGAGAAAUGUGCAAACAUCUAUUGUAAAUAGGACAUUUUGGGCGGAGCAGUGCUUUCGCGGAGACCCGCCGUGAACGGCGCGAGACAUCACACACACACUCGCGUACUGUAGACACCUAUUUAUAGCGAGCGCCGAAGUCCGAGGCGCCUAUAGAGACCUAUUUUAGUGCGUAAUGCAGCCUCGUUCACACGUAUAGAGAGCCAGGUGUCCACCUGAGAGAGUGUGUGUGUGUGUGUGUGUGUGUGUGUGUGUGUGUGUGUGUGUGUGUGUGUGUGUGUGUGUGUGUGUGUGUGUGUGUGUGUGUACAUGCAUGAGUCAGCAUGUUAAACUGUUUCUGACUCGAGAGUAGUAAUUUGCUCCAGGAUCGUGGACACACACACUCGCCCUCAGCGAAAUUUAAACUCCAUCACGCGCACACACACACACACACACACACACACACACAUAUGCAUGCGAUGUAAGCGAUCAUCCUCCUCCCUGCUGCCCUUGAAUCUAUACGAGCAUCCUUCACAGAGCGAGAGCAAGGCACGCCGGGUAAAGUAGUUUGUGAGUUCAACAGCACAGGUUCAGUUCGGCCGUCUCGAACGAGGCCGCACGUCAUGUCUGCCAAAGGGAAUCGGCGGCGUGCCGCUGCAGGGCUUCAACUUCGCCCGCCGCUAAUUAGCGAAGAACGAGCCGACCUUGCAGCCGCUCGGACUCCACAAGAACGUCUACGCAAGGCACACAUUUGGAAUAUUAAAGAAGAGAUGCAAAAAAAAAAAAAAAAAAAAACAGAGCCAGGGAUGAAAUUCAAGGUCCUUAGCACGAUCGGGGGUCAUUCCCUCGGCCCCUCGAUCCCCUCGCGUCCUUUCACUUCUUCUGUUUCGACUCGAAGCCUUAAAUGUCACCUGACCAAACCCGUUUAUCUGUACAUAGUAUAAAUAUUAUAAAUAUGUGACAAUGAAGAAAAACUAAGAUCGAAUAAUUGAUGUCGAGUUUUCCUUUUUUUUUUAACCGUGUGUGUGUGUGUGUGUGU